AUGAAGUCGCGAAUAACUCCCAUAGAUUUUAUACGUAAAAAUUGGCUUCUAGUGGGCAUACUAUUUUGUAUUAUCGUAGCUGCUAUAUUCCCUCACUUGGGUUCAAAAGAAGGGCCUAUGAGAACGGAAUUCACAGUGAAAUAUGUCGCUGUGUUUGUAAUAUUUCUAAUUAGCGGACUUAAUAUUAAAACGGACAGUAUUUUUAACACAUUUCGUCAGUAUAAAUUGCAUUUAUUUAUACAAUGUUUUACAUUUAUAUUUGUUCCUUAUAUUACCACGGUUUUUAUCAAGUUUUUGAAUUUGUUCAGCAUUAAUUCAUGGGUUUUAAAAGGAUUAAUAACUGUAGCUUGUAUGCCUCCACCAGUAUCCAGUGCUGUUAUCCUAACAAGAGCUGCACAAGGCAACGAAACAGCUUCAAUUUUUAACUCGGUACUUGGAAGCUUUUUAGGCAUUCUACUUACACCUUUACAUCUUCUAAACCAAUUGGGUUCAACUACAAUUAUACCCAUUUGGGCAACAGUUGUUCAGUUAUCGACCACUGUUUUGUUACCUUUAUCAAUAGGUCAGAUUGCCUUGCAAAUGGGUUUUAAAGGACGAAAAUGGCCUUUAAACACUGUAAGUCAGUGUGCGUUACUUUUUGUGAUUUAUACAACUUUCUGCGAUACUUUUACCACACCAGAGGCCGGAUUAAGUGCUCUUGAUGUUAUAAUUACGGUUUUUUCGGUACUUAUGCUUCAAAUAUUCCUUAUGAUAAUCAGCUUCAAAGUUUGUGGGUUUGUUAGUAAAGAUUUUACGCCACAGGAUAAAGUUGCUGUGGUGUUUUGUUCAACACAUAAGUCCCUUACUUUGGGCAUUCCAAUACUACGAAUUAUGUUCCAUGGUUAUUCCCACUUGAGUCAAAUCAGCUUACCAUUGUUGGUAUACCAUCCAACUCAAAUUAUUUUGGGAGGACUGGUGGUCCCCCAAUUAAAAGAUUGGGUGCACUCCCAAAGAAAAUAUAAGGCUUUGGUUUAG